UUGCGAUCUAUUUCAGCUGAUCUUUUCAAAUACGGACAUUUGUUUAAUGAAAGGCGUGGUAUCAGUGUUAAAAGAUCGUAUUUUGAAAGAAUUGAGUGAAUGACCAAAAAGGACUUAUUUAUGGAGAAGUUUUAGCAGGAUUUCUUUUCAUGUAUAAAGUGUUUCUCUAAGAUGUAUAUGCCGUGGGUAUUCAUCAGUGCUAGAAUGGAAACUUGAUACAAAUUUUACAAAUGAAUUAUUUAUAUUUUGGAUCAUUUUUAAAGCGCGAGGAUUGAUUUUUGUGCUUCUUUAAACAAAAAGAAUCAGUAUGGUACAAUAAAUAAAUGCUAGAGUGAUUUUUUAAAAAGAAUUAUACUUUUUUUAAGUCAUUUGCAUAUAAAAAGUUGCAAUUUUUUACGGGAAAAUUUAAAAAAGAUGAAUAUACCGGUAAGCUCAGAUAAGUAUGAAAUUGAUACAUAAUCUAUAAAUAUGAUGACAAGUAAAAAAUAUAAAAAAGAAAAACAGCUUUGAAUAGUUUUAAUAUCAUGAAUGAAAUAUUAGUGAAUAGAAGUUAUCACCCUUCUUUGAAGAAAAAAUGGUUGAUAAUUUGGAAUGUUACAGGACUAAGCUUUUAUUAAAACGUGAUAGCUUGAAUAAUAAGAUUCCAAUGGUAUAUGUGAAGUAUAACGUUCCAAAAGCAAUACGGAGCCUGGGGGCUGAUGGGAAGGAAAAAUCCUUCACAGCACCAGCAAGAUUGAGUAGAAUUUCACAAAUUUCAAAAACUUUAAGAAGUGCUUAUGAACGAAAACUUGCGGAUAGGAAAAAUCAAGUUGCAGUUAAUGUUGAGAGUCAUAGAUUAAAAGGUCUAGGUGUCGGCAAGUGUUACUCUGAAUACCAUCCACCUCCUACAGCCCCGGAGACAGUGCAGCGGCAAGGGUUCGCGCCCUCUACUCCUAGUCUGUCAAACAGCAGGGCAAGUCAACGUACAUCAGUCAUGCCAAGUCCAUUGAGUCAAAACCAGCAGUCGGCCACUAGUCGACAAUCAACUUACACCUUACCUAGUCAGAAACAGUCAAGCCGUGAUCGUGCCAAUCUACAAAAUGCUCAAACAAGUGCUAUAAAACAAAUAACCAAUAUUUAUAACUCCAGACCAAAAACAAAUAACAAAGACAAAGAAAUUGAAAAUAAGGUUCAAAACCAGAAAUCUAUGAUGGUACACCAUCCAACCUAUUUACACAGCCCUAUGCUGUUUAGUCAGAGUCACCACCCAGGUAAUCAUGAAGCCAGGAGUCAGGUUUAUGUAAAUGGUGAAGUUCAAGGUCAUCCAAACAGAGCUGAAGGUCAAGGUCAGGAAGAUGCAGACAAAAUGUAUGCCGCCUACCAAAAUGUGAAGACUGAUUAUGGAAGCUACCUUAAUGAAUAUAACAAGUUUUACCGUGUGAGAUGUCCGACCUAUACAGAAGGUUUUACACCAAAGUCUGUUGUAGUUCCUAUGGAACAGGAAUACCUUUCUCUCAGUUCAUCCAGUACACCAACAGUUCCAUACUCAACGGCAGAUAUUCUAUAUGGGAAUGAAGUAAAUGGAAGUCGGGGACAACAAAAUGAGGAUGUACGUCAGAACAGUUUUGGAGACAUGGAAAAAAGUCGAGAAUUGGCACGGUCAAGAUCGAAGGAACUGGAACAAAAUCCAAACAACAGACGACCUAGUAGUAAAUCAGGAAAACAAAGGUCCCUGACAAUAGAUUCAGUGGUUCCAUUCGACAAGGACCGUGAAGAUCCUUUACGAAGUCUUUCAUCAGCGCUACCUCCAGCAAAACCGUCGCAUCAUUUUCGACCAAAUGGCAUUAGAACUAAUAUCAUGAAACCAGAUCAACUUUACUCAUCUAAACCAAAUGGUGCUGUACCAGGUCGAGAUCAGGAUGACCUUGUUGCCAUGGGAACGCUAUGGAGCCCAAACAACAACAGCUCGGGGCAGCCACCACCAGUAGGAUCGUCAUCAGCUGUUUCACAUCAACAACAACAACAGCAACAACAAAGUAGCAACAGAAAUAGCAGUGUAUCGAACAGUAACACAAACUCUUUUCCAUCCAAAGUUGUGUCGUCAUCCAGUAGUGUUAAUCAUUCUAUGUCAUCGUCAAAUAAUACACUGAACACUCAACGCAAGUACCCAGGCAAUAAUAUACGGCCGAUUCAGGUGCAGAACAAUGUCUCAGGGAGAAAAAAUAGUAACAGUACAAAAGAACAAGAAGAUCCAAAAUAUACCGACCCAAUGAUUGGUGCUCCAGCCUCGUUCCAGCAACGGAUAAUAGAACUAGGUGCUCUAGAAGGUGACACUGUACGCUGGGAACGUUCAAAACGUUUGAAGAAAAAGAAACAGGACCGGGACUCUUGAGAAAACAUUGACCUAGAUAAUGCUGUGAUAAUUUAUUUAAAUUCUUGGGCUAGCCAACCUCACUUUCUGCAUUUUAUCGUAGUGUGAUAAUUUAGACAGAAAUGGCUUGUGUCAGUAAGUCUGAAUAUUUAUAACGGAUCGGGUUGGUUUUCAAUUGCAUGGGAAGGAGAACAGACAUUUAAAACAAUGCUGUGCUCUAAAGGAUGAAUCAGGAAGGUAACUGCCAACAUUAUGAAGAAGAUGUGUUUGUGUCAGACGGUAGAGACAUAAGUAAUCGGUUGCUGAUGGAGGGCGCACUUGCUGUGAUAAAAUAUAGUAUAGAUUAAAGUUAGGGCUGUGAUCGGUCCAUAUUAAGGACAAGAAAUUAGCAUUAAAAACUGAUCCUAUGUUCAGUAAAUAUAGGACUGUUAAUCAUAUAAGUAUUGCAGUGUUUAUUAUACUAAAAUACUAAACAUGGAGUAAAGAUUUUAGAGUAAAUUCCACCUGAAGUUUUGAAUGGCAAACAAAUUUCAAAUUUUAGAUCCUGACUAAAGAUGACAAUGUAUGGAACUGUGGUUUUUAAUGAAAGUUCUGUAGAUGAGAUUUUGUGGAAACUCUUAUAGCAGUUUCUUUACAGUCUUUGAAAUGAGGUCUGUACUGCAUAAAGUCUACACGUGCAUUUUGUGGCAUUUCUUUAUAUUUUAAAUUUUGUAAAUAGGAAGAAAUUUUGUUUCUUCUUAAUUUGUAUAUGCAGACAUUUAGAUAAGAAAUUGAUUUAGCAUCUUGGUAUAAUAUUGAUGGAAACAGUUGUCUUGAAAAUGAUGACCAAAAUCAACAAUUCUCAUGUUGUUGUUUUUUUAUGAAUAUUUAAUAUUUCAUAACAAAAUGUACUGAAUUUUUUCAUUCUAAAUAUGAAUUAUUAAACUCUGCCGGGAAAGUGGCUUUUUACCUUUACCUUUGAAAAAGCAUUUUUCAACCAGUACCUUCACUUAAAACAUGAGAGAGGCUGAUGUUUAAUACUUGUUCAUUUACAAAUUUUCUUACAUAUAUUUCACCAAGGUCUAUAAUAUUUAAAUUUAGAACAUUUCAGAUUUAAGGAAAGUUAGAUAAAACAAGUUCAUAAAACUAACUUUUUGAAGUCUUUGCCAAUCCAAACCAUUUAAUGCACACAUUUUAGCAGCUGUAUUGAAUGUUAAUAAUGUAUAAAUGGGGACUUCUCAACUUCUCUUUCAGUUAAUACGAAGUUUUGACUUUAUUUACUAUAGUGUGGUUAUUAGUAACAUAUUGUAUUUAAAAAAUAUCUCUGUUGAUCAUAAUAAAAUCUAUUUAUUUGUAGAUUUAUGCCAGUAUUUCUCACAGUUUUAAAAGCGACCUGUGAUAUAUUUUGCUCAGUAUACGUGUAUGUUAGCAGUCAGUAGAUGGAAAAAUCUAAAUAUAUUGUAUUACGUUUUGACUGUAUCGACUAUUCCAAUUCUGUAUGUGUGAAAUACAUUUUUUGUUUGAUGUACAUGUACAUAAGACUGGUUGACUGAGCAGAGUUUUCAUUAUUAUCGUUAUGUUAAAUGUAACGUAACUGUACAUGAUUUCACUCUGAUAAUAUGUCAGAAUAAUAGUCAAAAGAAGUGCUAAAAUAUUUCAUCCAAUAUUCACAAUGAGGCCAUCUUUGAAACAUUGUUUGUUUUCCAUGCUCCAUUACAAACCAACCAAAAUUGCCUGCCCCUACCAACAAUUGUUUUUGACCUCCGAGUGUGACUUUAUUAUUAGUAUGAAGAUCAAAUAGCCCUUUUCCCCUCUUUCACUUGAAGGAGGCAGUGGGUUCGCUUCUUGGACAUAUAAUACCAAAGACAUGAAAAAUGGUAUGUUGUUCCCUUGUUUGGCAAUGGGUACUAGAGGAAUGAGGUGUCAAGAGAAAAGCUGUAAACCUUGUUUGAAAUGCUGUAGAAUUCUAUGAGUCUACGUCAUUGCACAGCAAACAGUUCUUCAUGGAUGUCCUAUGUAACUUUUUAGUAAGCUACAUUUUUUUGUGAUUUUAAGUGAUGUCUAUAAGAAACCAUUUAACCACUUUGAAUACUAGUCUAAAGUUUAACACUGUGUGUUAAUGUAAGUUGUAUUGAAUAAUUGGUACAAAAGAUUGUAUUCACCUUUCAAUUUAAAAUCGAUAUAUAUUUUAUGUCUAUAGAUUUGUUUAAAUUACAAUGUGUACUGUCUGCCUUUGUAUUCCUGAUCUAUAUUACCUGGUUUAAAUUGAUUAUGAAAUUUUAGUAUUUUGGAAGUAAUUGCCACCUUUCUCUCGCUCAUAUUGAUUUUUGAUCAUUUUGGCUUAUUUUUACAUAGGUACAUUGAUUAUUACAAUAAAAGAAGAAAACUUUCUAUAUUCAGUAGAAUUUAUUGAAGAGUUUAAAAUUUUCCCAGAGUUAGUAGUUUGGAAGCAUAAAUAUUCUACACACUACUUUGCACAGUUAGUUCUGAUUUUUGAGAAGUGAUUGUGCAGGUUGGACUAGAAUAGAUGUUGACUGAAUGAUCAAAUUACAAACUAUAUACAAAUUUGUUGCUUUCAGAGUCUACAAAGAAUAUAAACAGAUACAAAAAUACUUUGAUGUACGGAUCUGAGUUGUUUCUGAAGACCAGAUAUUAAACUGUUAUGUUAUUAUAUGAGAAAUACAUAUAUUAUGUAUGGAUGAUCAUACAAGUUACGGUAUUAAAUAUUACAUAUUAUUUACCUUUUUAAUUUAUAAUUAUAAAAAGAAUGUUAUUGCAUAUGAUUAAAUAAAUAUUAUAGAAUUUCCAAG